AGAAGAUCGUUGAAGCUAAAACAAAAGAAAUGGUGGAUCUCUGUUUCUUUAUGUAUUUUUUUAGUCUUGCUCGGAGAUUCUCUCGUCAUGCUUCUCUUGAACUUCUUCUAUGUUCAAGGCAAUCGAGAAGAGAUUCUACAAUCCAAGGGAACAUGGAUACAAGCACUGAUCCAAAACGUUGCGUUUCCUAUUCUCAUCCCUCUCUUCUUCAUUUUCCCUAAACCAAAACAAAACCAAGAAACCAACAAUACUAGAUUCCUCACCUUGCGUCUCUUCUUCCUUUACUUCUCUCUUGGUGUUCUUGUUGCUGCUCACAGCAAAUUGUUUGCACUCGGGAAAUUAUACGUCAUAUACGGCAUCUUCACGCUGAUUUCUGCGACCCAGUUGAUAUUUACGGCUAUUUUCACAGCCAUCAUUAACCGUUUCAAGUUUACCAGAUGGAUUAUCAUAUCGAUAAUCCUCACCAUUUUGAUUUAUGUUUUCGGUAGUCCUGAAUUUGGAGGAGAGCCUAAUGGAAGCUUAGAAUUAUACAGCAUCCAAGCUUUGUUAACUUACGCUGCUCCAGCUGCUUUUGCAUUAUCUCUUUGUUUAGUCCAACUUGGUUUUGAGAAAGUAUUGGUAAAGACAAAGAGAUAUGGUAAUAAGAAAGUGUUUAGAAUGGUCUUAGAAAUGCAAAUCUGUGUUUCUUUUGUCGCCUCAGUUGUUUGUCUCGUGGGUUUGUUUGCGAGUGGCGAGAAUAAGGAAAUGAAAGGCGGUAGCCACAGAUUUAAGAAAGGUGAAAUGUAUUACGUUCUGAGUUUGAUCGGGUUGGCAUUGUCGUGGCAGGUUUGGGCAGUCGGGCUGAUAGGUUUGGUGCUUUAUGUUUCGGGUGUGUUUGGCGAUGUUGUUCAUAUGUGUACUUCCCCACUUGUGGCUUUGUUUGUUGUGUUGGCAUUUGAUUUCAUGGAUGAUGAGUUUAGUUGGCCUAGAAUUGGUGCUUUGAUAGGAACAUCUUUGGCUUUAGGAUCUUACUUCUAUUCUCUGCAUAAGAGAAACAAGAAGAAGAUGGUGGAGCUUUACCAAAUAGAGAACAAUAUUGAACUAAAUCAAAAGAAAUGGUGGAUCGCUGUUGCGUUAUGUCUGUUCUUAGUCUUGCUCGGAGAUUCUCUUGUCAUACUUCUCUUGAACUUUUUCUAUGUUCAAGACCGUCGAGAAGAUUAUAACCAAGAUCUACAGUACAAAGGAACAUGGAUGCAAGCUCUGAUCCAAAACGCUGCGUUUCCAUUCCUUAUCCCUCUCUACUUCAUUUUCCCUUCACCAAAACCAAACCAAGAAACCAACAAUCAUCGUUUCCUCUCUUUUCGUCUCAUUGUCCUAUACUUUGUUCUUGGUGUUCUUGUUGCUGCUCAUAGUAAAUUGUACGCACUCGGGAAGUUAUACUCAAGCUAUGACUUCUUCAUGCUGAUAUCAGGGUCCCAAUUGAUCUUUACCUUGAUUUUCACAGCUAUCAUUAACCGUUUCAAGUUUACCAGAUGGAUCAUCAUAUCGAUAAUUCUCACUCUUGUAAGCUAUGGUUUUGGUGGUCCUGUAUUUGCAGGAGAGCCUGAUGAAAGCGAAUAUUUCUACGGCAUCCAAGCUUGGUUAACUUUCGCUGCUUCGGUUGCUUUCGCAUUAUCUCUCUGUUUAGUCCAACUUGGUUUCGAGAAACUGUUGGUGAAGACAAAUAGAUAUGGUAACAAGAAAGUGUUUAGAAUGGUUUUAGAGAUGCAAAUCUGUGUCUCCUUUGUCGCCUCGGUUGUUUGUCUUGUGGGUUUGUUUGCGAGUGGUGAGUAUAAGGAACUGAAAGGUGAUAGCAAGAGGUUUAAGAAAGGGGAAACAUAUUAUGUUCUGAGUUUUAUCGGGUUGGCUUUCUCGUGGCAGGUUUGGGCGGUCGGGCUGAUAGGUUUGGUGCUUUAUGUUUCGAGUGUUUUUGGUAAUAUUGUUCAUAUGUGUGCUUCACCACUUAUGGCUUUUAUUGUUGUGUUGGUAUUUGAUUUUAUGGAUGAUGAUUUUAGUUGGCCUAGACUUGGUGCUUUGAUAGGAACGGUUUUGGCUUUAGGAUCUUAUUUCUACACUCUGCACAAGAGAAACAAGAAGAAGAUGGUGGAACUUAAUUAACCAAAAUGAGAACAAUGUUGAUGUUUAGUGUUUCAUGUAAUAUUUAUGUUUGUAUUUUGGAAACUGUUCUUGUACUUCUAAAUCUAGUAAGUCAAUGUCUAAAAG